AUGAUCAUUAAAAAAGUCGAUGAAUGCUCGUACUUCCCGACCAUGACGAUCAAAGGAGGCACAAGCCAGGCCUGUGCUGCGUGCAAAUACCAGAGACGACGGUGCACCAAGGACUGCGAUCUCGCUCCUCAUUUUCCGGCCGACCAGCCCAAAAUGUUUCAAAAUUCUCACCGCCUCUACGGGGUUUCAAAUAUCAUGAAGAUUUUGAAGCAGACUCACCCGGAGCAGAAAGAAGAGGCGAUGAGAUCCAUUAUCUACGAAUCAAAUAUGAGAGCCAAGUUUCCGGUCACCGGAUGCAUGGGAAUCAUCAACCAAUUAACAUUCCAACUCCAGCAAGCUUUUGAGGAGCUCCGGUACGUCCGCUCCCACCUCGCCAUAUGCCGAGACCAGUGCCAGUACCAGUAUAAUUCACCUUCGUGUCCAUCUUCACAGUUGCAAUUAGGGAUUCAAACAAACGACCACGAGGCGCUGCAGCUCUACCAGCAGCAGUACCAAUAUCAUCAGUAUAACUCUACCGCCGGGAGCAGCGCCGGUGGUGGUGGGAUGUCGUUGAUGGCGAACGAGUAUCUGGCGAACGGGAUUAAUGGGCUCUACAUCGAUGAGAAUGAUAGUGUGGUAAAGCCUCUUAGAGUUCAGCAGUUUUAUUAUGGGAACAAUAAUGUUGAUGCUGUGGCUGUUCAACAUAAUUUGAUGACAUCCCAAGGGUUCCCUAUUCAACAAGAAAUGGAUGUUCCUCAUGAUUACGAUGACAUUCCAUUUGAUACAAUUGCUGAUGAUCGUCAAUCGUACAUCGAAUCGAAAGAGGCUUGUGAAUCCAGUGCCGAGUCGGCGUUCAAGGGUACUAACACGCAGUCGUUAGAACACGUCUCACAGAAUGACCUCAAGAGCGCAGCAGCAUGUUUCAGUCUGACAAGCUAG